AUGGUUUUUCGUCGACAUAAAGCCCUGUGGCAGGUUCUAGUUUUGCUUGUAUUUGUUGGAAUAACACUCAGGUAUUCGUACAACUAUUACAACGAAACGUCAUUGAAACUAAAGGCUGCAAACAUAAGACAUCAUGAAUUACUGGAGGAAAGAAAUAGCGUUAGUCGAGAGCUGGAUGGUAAGUGUUUCAGCUGUCAAAUUUAUUAUGCAAAGGUCAAUUUAUCUUAUACAGUAAAUGUAAAGAAAUUAUAGUGAACUGUUGAAACUUGACAGUGUCAAAUUAUAAAUUUAAUAUGCUGCAUUAUACAACGUUUCUUCCCCGACGUUUGUCAGUCAAAAUUUUUUUUGUUCGUAAAACGUUUGUGGGUGUGGUUUGCAUGCAAAAGUUUUAGUUUGGACCUUAAAAGUACACUUGUAUUAUAUUAGCCUGCCUGCAUUUUUGUAUACCUGUAAUAUUUGCUUUUACUAUAUUUUGCUUUACUGGAGUAGUGGAGUCUGUAUGUACUGUACUUUGAUAGAUAACCUGUGCGCGGGUUAUGUGAAUGUAAACAUUUUGCAUGCAAAACAAUUUGUUCGAUGCCAUGCCCGCAAAUGUUAUUUUGAGCAGAACAGAAAUUUUGAUUGACAAACUAUGCAGAAGCUUGCAAACGGUAAUAACUUUGGCUUUUCAAAUAGAAUGACAAUCAGUCAAUACUAUACAUUAUUAUAUGGCAGAGGUGGCAUGGCCCUCUUAAAUGCCAGGAAAUGACACUUAAGGGCCCAUAUAUUUAUAAGAGACAUCUUAGGAGCAGCUAAUUCUUGUCAAAAUAUGAGGGUACUCUAGUUUUUUUUCCUCCCAAAAACUAAUGAUUCCACCAUGGUCAUUAGAAUAAGAAGGUUAGGGAACUCAAUGCAGACAUACAGAGCUUGAAAUAAUUUUAAAAUUUGUCCGGAAAAACUUCCGAUCAAAACGAAAUUUGACCGGAAAUUUGCAAAAUUGACCGGAAUUUUUUUUAGUUUAGUUUGACAAAGUCCACUCCCCCCCCCCCAAUGAACAAACUCUGUCAAGCAUGCAGACGUGCACUGAGUAAAUCACUCUACUUGCAAUAAUAAAACACAAAUGUUUAAUUCUGAAUUGCUUAUUGGAAUAGUUAUAGUGAAUAAUAAUUUAAUCACGCCCGCCGACGCUGUUUUUAUCUUGACCCGACAACAGCACGCUGUAAACCACCAUCUUGUUUAUUGGGCUUGUGAACUAUACUUUCCAGUUGAUUACUUUAUAUUAGCCUAAUAUAGAUAAUCCAAACUUACAGAUGGUACUCACUGUGCUGAGCGCCGACCCGAUCAUUAAGAAAACAUUUUUCUUUUUCUCAAAAUUUGGCCGGACAAAAUUUCCGAUCAUUUCAGCAUUUGAUCGGAAAAAUUGGAAUUUGGUCGGAAAACCGCCGGCCGUUAUUUCAGGCUCUGGACAUAUUAUAUCUCAUCUAUGUUUUUGUCUUGGUUUAUGCAAAAAGUGGUCGGUUCAUUACUACCAUUUGCAAGCGGGCGGGCGGGUCAAACAUGCAUGUUGACACGUAACAAUCAAUUGAGUCGUUCCAGAAGAGAUCAAUACUCCCCCCAUGGAGGAAAUUUCUGCUGUCCAGAGGGGGAGGGGAGAAAAAAUUGUUUCUGAUAAUAGUAAAUGUAUUAGGACAUCCGAAGGGGGUAGGGGGGUUAACUUCCUAUUUCCUCUGUGGGGGUGGUAUGGAUGUUUUCUGGAAUGACCCAUUAGUUUGAACCGCGAAAUAGUGACAUUUGACAAAUCUCGCCCAAACGUCACUAUUUAGCGGUUCAAACUAAUUGAUUGUUGCGUUUCAACAUGCACGUUUGACCCGCGCAUCGUGUGCGUUUGAAACGUAAACAAACGUGAAAAAAAGUUUGGAUUUUGUGGUUGCUUGCAAAUGGUGGUAUCACAUGUGUAUUUGUUUUUAUGCCAGAACAACCAAUAGCUAUGUUUUGAUUUAACCAUUGUGUAAUAUCAAUACUGGGUAAUUAAAUCAACACACUGCUAUUGGUUGGUUGGGCGAAAAAAAAAUGCACAUGUGACGAUGCAUGAACCGAUUAUUUUUUGCAUAAAUCGAAACAAAAACAUAGAUAAUGAGGUCUGUUAUGGUCUGCAUUGAGUUUCCUGACCUUCUUCUAAAUUGACUAUGUUAGGAACGAUGAUCUAUUUUAUCAAAAUUUGAAUUUGAGAUCUUUGUGACUGCUAGGUGUAAUAGAAAGCAAGAACAACCUGGAACUGAGCCUCAGGACCAAGACACAAAGAUUUGCAGAAAAAAAGAAGGGUAAUCACUUCUUCAAGUUCUUUAUCUAAUUUAUUACAAUUUGUAAUUCUAAUUUAUUCUUAAUUGUUAUAAUUUUUCUAAUUUGUUACAUUUAGAGUGGGAUGCUGAGAGAGAUAAUUUACAGAAUCGGGCAAAUAAGGAAAAGGUAUAUACAUGUAUGAUACUGUAAGGAUAGCCAGCUUGAGUAGGUAACAAGAUUUAAAUCUCAGUAUUUACCCAUAUCUUAUACCAGUAUAUAUGCAAGAACUUGUGGUUAGGCGUAAAAAAAAAUACAUGUGGUUCCGGUUCCUGACCGACCCUAUAUUUUCUGCCAGCCCUAUUAUUUUUUUCAAUGUGAUUGACCGUGCGACCCUAUUUUCUCUGGGUGGUUGCGGGCUGCUGCCAAAAUGGUGUCUGUUGUUACACUAAUUAUUGAAAAAACCAUGAAAAAAGUAUUCAAAUAAAGAAUUAUUUCCGACCUACCGACCCUAAUUUUUUCGCGAUAUGAAACCGGAACCACAGGUAUUUUUUUACGCCUUAGAGCUCAACAACUGAACUCUUUAGCUUGGUUGGUUAGAGUGCUGCACCGGAAUCGCAGGGCCUCAGGUCUGAUUCCUGCCAGAGGGUGUACAUGGGCUCUUUUGGGGGGGGGGGAGGCUGGAUAAGUAAGAUGAAGAAAUGUAUGUGACAUGCAAGGCAGUAACAAAUUUUGAGACUGGGAUUUUAACAACCUUAAAAAUUAAUGGAUGAUCUCAUUUUUAGGCAAAUUUUGACGCAUUGGAUUCCGAAUAUAAAAUGGUCAAGGUAAAAUAUUAUCAUGGAUCUUUCUGACUUUGAAUUUUUUUAAACAAAUUAUUAGGAAAUUAACCCAUUAACUGAUUAAGCUGCAGAGCUUCCCCAUUGACGAGUAAAAUCGUCUGGCGUUGGACAAGUAAAAAGUAAGUAGGGUGCAUUGCAGCUCAAUGAGAAUGCAAGGAAAGUUUUACAACCUUGAAGCAUUACAACCUUGCUCAUCAAUGUUCAUGUUUCUAUCUUUUCAUGUGUAUGUGAUGAAGAGAUCACAAAAGGCUUGAUUUUGAUUUAUUUAAACAUUUGCAACUAGAAAAGUAGGACAGUCUCUACAAGUUUUUGGGAGGGCAACAUGUUCUUUUAGGGAUGGCCAUUAAAAGGCUCCAACAUUAAUCUUGGUGAUGUCAGUAAUAUCUCCAUUUCCUUCGAACCAGGCAAAGCAUGAUGAUCUUCAAAUUGACUGUGAACAUAUGAAGAAGAGUUUUGAUCGUCUUAAAGAGGAUCAUACCAAGUUAGAUACUGAACAUAGAAAUAAUUUUGAAGGACUCAAACAAAAGAAUGAGAAAAUUAUCUUGGCCUUGCAAAGUUAGUAUUAAUUGUGGGAAUUGAUCACAUUUGGCAAUAGUAUAACAAACUAGCAAUUCAAUCAAGAAUUUUAUUUAUUUUCUCUAAUUUUUAUGUAUCAAGGUUUAUAUGAAAAUCGGUAAUUUCUCUAUAAUUUAUUUGUCAUUCACUAACAAUUUUCCCAUAUAUCAUGUUAGAGCAAGUGGAGCAUUAUCAAAAGGAAGAAAAUUUACUGCAACUCAAAGUUCAAGAUUUGCAAGAAAAUGUUGCACAAUAUCAGGUGAGGAAUAUAUCUUCCAAAAAAACCAUGAGAUUGUUUUUAUUAUGGGAUUUUAUGUCAUGCUUUAACUAGUAUUUUAGAAAGAAUUGCUGUGGUUUGUUUCUGAACAGCCUGCAAAAAUCGAGAGCACUUGUAGAUUUUGAAGGACAUUAGCUUUCUUUUAAUUUUAUUUUGUUUUUAGAACGUUGUGGCGAAGUUACAGAAAAAAAUAAGCCAAGAUGAUAAGGGCAAGAAAGAUAGUGUUACAGGUAACAUUUUGUGUCAUGUGUUUGCAAAUUAAUAUUUCAAUGCAUACAGUAAACCUAAAAUUUCUACUCAGUAGGUUGUUAUAAAUUACAGGAACCACUAAUAUUUUUAUCAAAUACAGACCAAUAGUCACUUCGAAAAAAAGUUAUACAUUGAAUUCUUAUUUUUUAUCUACUCAUAUCAAGUCCCAGAGGUGAAGAAAAAUGAAAUAGCAUCAAAUGUGGCUGGCAAAGAAAAGUUGCGUUCGAAAAUAAGAAGAAGGUACUGUUGUAACUGCACGUUGAAAUAAUGGAAAGGAAAAUGAAAGGACGAAAUGACUGAAUAAUCAUGAUGAUCCUUUUGUCUUCCAGGAGAGCAGCGAAAGAAUCAAAUUCAAAAUUUGAUGCAAAUAAGAUUAAAGUUAAAAAUAUCCGCGAUACUGUGAGUGAUAGCGACAAGGCUCAGAAGCAAAAACAGUUUCUCCGGGUUUGUUUGUUUUGUAUGUGUGUUACUUAUACAGGGUGUAUCAAAAUAAACGCAAUUCAUCUUUUGUGCUUAAUAACUUUCGAAAUACUAUUUCUAGUUAAACGCUUUAGGCUUACUUCAAAACCUGUUCUUUUCUCUUUCAAACAAACUAUUAUCCUUGUCUCCAAUGCUAGUAAUAAUUGCACAGGAAAAGAUUUAGUAAAACCUAUCAUUUUUAGUUGCUGUUUAAUUAUGCAAGUUUACUAUGUUAUUGUUUAGUCGGUUUAAAUGUUAGAAUUUUCUUCUUUAAACUUUAAUGUUGUCGUCACUACAUCUGGAAAACCACGUAAGAACAAAUUUAAAGUAUUUUAAAAGAGACUAGGUUGUUUAACAAUCCUAAACGAAUGCUAAAAAUCGUAAAAACAUUCUGGUGUCUGAGCCAGAGUGUCAUCGAAUUGCGAUGUAAUGUAAACAGAAAUUAUAGCAAGUUGAUGUCAGUCAGCUUAGAUGGUCCAAGCCAAAAUUAUCUCGCAUUUGAAGUUUCAAACUGAGUUAAAAAUAGUGGAAGAAAAGCCGUAAUUAUACUUAUUGUUACAAUCCAUUUAAUAAAAUGCAACAUUUUUUUGUUUUAAUGAAAAAAUCAAUUAUUUUCAUGAGAACGAUUUGUUAUUCCAUCUCAAUUUUUUUAAUCUCCAAUCGCAAUAACGUAAAGUAUUAUUACCCGCGAACCAAUGAGUCAAAUUUAAGAAACAACCCACUGUUAGAAAGCUGAAUGGCUACGCUUUAAAAUGCAUGUAAACUUUAACGUUUUCGUCUAUUAUUUGUUUAGCAAUUUACAUUUCAGUCGAGGAUUGCGCUUUUUUUGAUACACCCCGUAUACUUGUUGUGUCUUAAGUCUUUCUGUGGUCAGUUGUAAGAAAGCCAGAGAGCGAUAUCCACCGGAUAGUGAUUUUUCAAACUUUCUGAAAUUCUAGAUUGAUCGGUUUAACUCUGAUUAAACUUUAGCAUUUUAUGAUUUGAAGCUUCUUUUUAUCAAUUGUGAAGUCCAUAUCUUUAGUUUGAUUGCUUUUCAAGACUUUUUACAAAGGUUUAAAAAAUCAUCCAGGGUUCGUACAAAAGUUGAAAAUCCUUGAAAGUCCCUGAAUUUGGAAACAAAAAUUCAAGGCCUUGAACGUCCUUGAGUUUAUAAAGAAGUGCUGGAAACUCCUUAAAUUGUCCUUGCUUUACUGGAUAUUUUCUGAAAUUGUUUGGGAUUAAGAAUUUGACAUUUUGUAAGUUGAUUUUGUUCAUGUCUUACAAUGACCAAAGCGGUUUGAAAUUCAUUAAAGUUGCCAACGAACAGUUUAAUGUCACUUUUUUUCUGAUUUCUAACACCUAAUUGUCUUCAGCCUUUAGUCCUUGAAUUUCCUGAUAUGAAAGUUCUUGAAUUUACCUUUUCCUAACUUGUACAAACCCUGAUUAUCCUGUGCCGAGGUAGUGUUCUUUUUUACUUUAAAAUCUGCUUUCAAAAAUAAUAAUUUCCGUGUCUUUUCAUUAAGAAUUUAGGAAAGUUGACGGAAGUAAUCCCAGAAAAACAAGACAAUACGAAUGAAGUUUCAAAAGUUAACGUAGACACUAAUGCCAACAAUGUUGAGAUACCCAAAGCUGGCAAGUAUGUUGUGGAUGUCGUCAGGGAAAAUGGCGGAGGACAGAAAGAAGAUAAUAAUAUUGAAAGAAAAGAUGAAAAUAAUGAUAAUAUUGAAGUUAUAAAUAAAGAUGGCAAAGGUAGUUGAAAAUUUUGAGAAGAAUAUAUAGUCUUCUUUGUAGCCAUCCCUAUUAAUUAUAGAGUGUUAGCGAGCCUUUCUAGUUAUCAAAAUGUCACUCACUAAUAUGCCCAAAGUUCAUGUUUAUUUUAUUCUUAUUUUGCCAUGAAAACAGACGAGCAGAACUUCAACCUUGACGAACAGCCAGAUUUAGAAGCAAGAGAAAGACAAGCUCUAGCUGAACACAACAAAGGGGAAGAUAGACUAGAGAGAGACAAACGAGAUGCAGACGAACAAGUGAACAAUGAUGAAAAAUCUGAUGAUGAAGAGAUAGCCUUACGAGAAGGUAACUAAUGUCAAUCAGUUGUGGAUCCAGCAAGGUUUUUUUAGGGGAGUGGUGGGCGAGCACACCGAACCCAGCACUGGCCAGCAUCUAGGUACUGUCAUUAAAAAGUGCACCUACAGUAGCAGUUUCUUGGUUACAAUUCACAAAUAUAAUAUAAUUUAACAAUUAUAUAAAAUAUAAAUCCCCCAGAACUCAACGGUCAACAUUACACAAAUUAAUUAUGAAUUAAUUAAAAACGAAAUUAAUUAAUAUUGGGUAUUUUGAACCAGUGCUUCGGUGCUGCCUUGAAUUCCAAACCUUAAGUUGGUCUAAGACUGAUGACAAACUUUGAAUACCUCAAACAUUUCAAAGUGAGAUAAAUUUAAUUUUUCGCAUCCCCCUUGCUCCCCUGUUGACCAAGGUAAACAGGGGUGCGCACGGCUGCCCCCCUCCCCCCCCCUAUAAAUCCACCACUGAUGUCAAUUGAAUCAAGUGAGAGACACAACAGGGGAUAUCACGUGCUAACUAAAUUUCCCAAAUAAUUUAUUUGUCAGAAGAUAACGAAGAUGAUAAUGCAGAUGAGAAUGAAGAAAAUGAAAUUUUGGAACAACCGGAAAAUCUUCUUUUAAAAAGAGAGGAAGCAGGUACUGUGGUUUACGUCUGACAGUUAACAGUAAUUUUGUCGAAACUCUCGUGCAAUAAUUUUCUAUUUCUCGUUUUAGUACAAGAUAGAGAGGAGACUAUAAAGUGA